GCCAUGCUAUAGCUAAGGCUCGAGGGAUGCUGUGGUCAGUUGGUCCACGGCUUUGGUCCAGACUUUAAUAUAUCAACAACGAUUUAAUGGACUGCCAUGGAAUAUGAAUGCACAGAGACACACCCUCUGCACUUCACGUGUGACAUCCUGCCAGAUGCAGACAGACUGAUUAUGAGAGGCAGUAGUCAUGGUGAGAGCCGAGCAGAGCAGACAACUCUGGAGAGGAUCCUCGCUUUUUUGAUCAGUGGCCGCGGCACGCCUGAGGGCCAGGCGGAAGGACCUGAAAAACCAGCUGCCUGUCAUUAUUACUCUCAGCAAAGAGCGGCGGACCUGUGGACUAUGCCCCCUUCAGUCAGCUGAGGGAGGGGGCUCUGCACUGCUCAGGCUCCCAUCUGGAGAAGGCAAAGAGGAGACGGUUAGGUUAUUGCUGAAGAUGCAAGCUUCAACUGUCUCACCUGUGACCAACACUACAGUACCUUCAAAUACAGCCACUGUCACAAAGUCCAAAGAGCAAAUACUCAUCCAAAGUUCUGGGGCUAUGAUCGCUGUCAUUGUCAUAGGUAUCAUCAUCAUUCUCACCAUUCUACUGCUCAUCCUGAAGACGUACAACAGGCGGACACAUGCGUCCAGAGUCCUGGGAGCCAGCGGCGGCUCCAAACCUCGUCCGAAGAUGUCGCAAUCCACUGGUCAGAGCAGCAUGCCGCUGAGCACCAUGGGAGUCAACUCUGUGUCAGGCAGCAUCGGCAAUUCAAACCCAGCCACAGAGAAUGGCUUCCAACUGCCCAGAGUGGAGCUGAGCAGCGUGGAGGGAAACCACAUAGAGCAGUUCAGCACCACCAGCGGCUCUACUGUGGUCACCAUACAUGACACUCCAUCAUUAGGAAACACAUAGCAAUAUAGCAGGCUAGCCUCACAACAGGCAUUGACUGACGUGUUGUCGUCAUCCGUGAACACAUACUGUGUGUUGACUGAAUCCUGUGGAAACUCAAUCUGUGACAUCAGUGCUGUCACUGUAAAUCUCCACCAACUGAGCCACUGCUGGUGACUACAUGGAUACGUACAAACGUACAAAAAUAUACAACAUGAACAAAAUGGUACCAGAAAGAGACACAGUGGAUUGCAUGAAGGAUGUUGCAUGACAGAAAACUGAGACUUUUUUGUGAAGUGUUGCUUUUAGGCUACAGUCAGUGUUCAGGGUAUAGAUGCCUUAAGUUUCUUACUGUUUGUACUAAUACAAUGAAGAAAAUAUGUAGUAAAGACUGUAAUGGCUUGACAAUGUUGGUCUUAAGUGUGUACAUUUCUGUAUUAAGGAGAACCACAUAGGUUCAGGAGUAAAUGUAGAAUUACAGUACAAGACAAAGAAAAUAUGAUAGAGGGUAACUCGGCGUGUAAUGGCACCAGUAUAAUUGAGGAAAUAUGUUGAUAUUUUGAUCAGCAACUAAAUCUGGUUCACCUUGCAUCAUACUGUCUUUGUCUUCUGCCCACAGAUUCUGUCAGAUUAGUUUUUGUUUAAGAAAUCUAUAAAAUGCCAAUGUGUUUUUUUUUACAAUGUAGAAUGAAUAAACCACAAAGAGAUUUUGUUAAACAUCUGGGUGUAUGUCUAACACAUUGACAUGAAUCCUUUUUAAUUUGAUGCCAAAGGAUUUUGCACUUUAUUUUCAUUGCUCCCUGUAUUUGUAUUGUUUGUGGUUCUUUGUGAAAUUAAAAGAAAUGAAAAUAAAAUGUAAUAUUUGUUA